GAAGUAGCACAGGAAGUGACUGAGGUCUCGGUUAAAGCAAAGAGACGCAAUGCUCACUUAGACACUUUGCCUCUCCAACCAGCCGGAGCAGUUCAACAGACAUUUUCUGCUCAGUGUUCCUCUUAGACUUCUGGUUGGUUAGACAAACAGGCUGGAGGGAGGCCUUGGGAACAGUCUGCUGAGGAGGAUUUCUUCCAGGAAGUCUCACCAGCGCAACAACAGUCCGCAACCCCAAGAGGCCAAUGAAAUGGGGGGAAGUGGAGAUGACAGCGGGCCAGGCAGGCUGAGCCGUAGAUUUUCUCGCCUGAGCGGCAGGCAUCACUCCAGGGAUCCUCCGAGACCUCCAGUUCAGCCCGAAAGACCUCCUGCUCCGCCUGUUCAACAAGAUGACAGGCCUUCUCCACCAGAACCUGCUCCAGCUCCAGCUCCCGCUCCUGUUUCUCUCCCGCCACCCAUAGAAAUACCACCUAAACGCCCAGACAAAUCCACAAAGCCCAAACUUCCCCCUCGGCCGCUGUCCAAGGUGUUCAGUAGCACUGAACAUGGAGCAGCUGUUUUGCAGGGCUUUGAUAUUUUUCGGUCAGAUGAGACUCUCUGUGAUGUCGUCUUGGUGCCUGGGGACAGCAAGGAAACUUUCCCUGUCCACAGAGUCAUCAUGGCUUCAUCCAGUGACUAUUUCAAGGCUAUGUUCACAGGAGGCAUGAGGGAGCAGGAGAUGAGAGAGAUCAAGCUGCAUGGGGUCACCAAGUUGGGUUUAAAGAACAUUAUAGAAUUCAUUUACACAUCCAAAGUCACCCUUGACAUGGGUAAUCUCCAGGAAACACUGGAGGCUGCAAACUUCUUGCAGGUCAUGCCUGUUCUGAGCUUCUGUAAUCAGCUUCUGAGCAGAGAGAUCACUAUUGAUAACUGUGUGGAGGUCGAGCAAAUUGCCACAGACUUGCUUCUGGAGGACGUUCAGCUGAAUAUAGGAGAGUUUGUCAGCCAGAACCUGUCAGCGAUGGUGGAAAGUGGUCGCUACCUCCAGCUCUCCGUAACCAGCAUGGCCAACGCUCUGUCCAGCAAUUCCCUGGAGGGUUUCUCAGAGUUGGAGCUCUACAACAUUGCCAGAGGAUGGCUCGACCAUGACUACCCCAAUCGCCGCUCCUCUGUUUAUACCUUGAUGCGCCAUAUUCGCUUCCCACUGAUGAGCCCCACUGAGCUGAUACAGAUCUCCCAGGAUGAGGAAGAGGGAGGAGACUCCAUGAUGCGCACUGAUACAGCUUGUGUGAACCUCCUGCUGGAGGCCAGCAACUACCAGAUGAUGCCUUUCAUGCAGCCAGCUCUGCAAACGGAGCGGACACAAAUACGCUCAGACGCCACCCACAUUCUGGCACUGGGUGGUGUGAUGCGACAGCAGCUGGUGGUGAGCCGGGAGCUGAGGCUGUAUGAUGAACAGACCGGCCAUUGGAGGGCUCUGAAGCCUAUGGAGGUGCCACGUUAUCAGCAUGGUGUAGCUCUUCUAGGCGGCUUCCUCUUCAUUGUUGGAGGCCAGAGUACUUAUGACACCAAGGGUAAGACAGCCAUAGACAGCGCCUACCGCUAUGACCCGCGCUUCGACAAGUGGCUUCAGAUUGCUUCACUCAACGAGAAGCGGACUUUUUUCCACCUGAGCGCUCUGAAGGGGAAACUGUAUGCAGUCGGAGGAAGGAAUGCCUCAGGAGAGAUUGACACUGUGGAAUGCUACAACCUGAAGAAAAAUGAGUGGACAUUUGUGACCAGUAUGGUGGAGCCUCACUACGGACAUGCUGGAACAGUUCACGGAGACCUCAUGUAUAUCUCAGGUGGCAUCACCCGUGACACAUUUCAGAAGGAGCUUUGGUGUUACGACCCAGUCGCUGACACAUGGAACCGACGAGCCGACAUGAUGGAGCUCCGUGGUCUGCACUGCAUGUGCACCGUAGGAGACAGACUCUAUGUCAUGGGCGGGAAUCACUUCCGAGGCAGCAGCGACUAUGACGACGUCCUGAGCUGCGAAUACUACAGCCCAGAGACAGACCAAUGGAUGGUGGUGGCACCAAUGCCACGGGGCCAGAGCGACGUUGGUGUGACAGUGUUUAACGGGCAGAUCUAUGUUGUAGGAGGGUAUUCCUGGAACAGCAGAUGUAUGGUUGACAUUGUGCAGCGCUAUGAUCCAGAGCAGGAUGUGUGGGACAGGGUGUUCAACGUUCUGGAGCCUCUGGGGGGGAUUCGUGCCUGUACAAUGACAGUUCAUCUGCCGGAGGGGUCGGUGGACGAGGCUGAGAUACAGGAGUGUCCACUGCCCACAGCUAAAAGCUGAUCGUGGGGUUUCUGACUUUUGCCACUGUCAGACCAGAGUCGGCAAGAUGGAAUUAGUAUGUUGAAGGCAAGAAGAAGGCAAAGCAGAAAAUUAGUGUGGGUUGCAAACAUGCUGCAGAUGCAAGCAUUGCUCGCUAGUUAACAUUAGCAUUCAACUGUCUUGUGCCAUUUCCUGUCCUUGCCUUUACUCUCAGCCAUGCAGCAUCCCCCCUGCUCUGCUGCUUGUGUUCUUCCACUCUGCGAUUUCAGUAUGUAAAAGGAAACACUCCGUCACAUCCUUAAAGAAACCCACCCUCCCUCUCAAAGUGACAGGACAUUGAUUGAUGAGUAUCACUGUUUCACAGGUCAAAAUUCAAUCAGAUGGACUCUUUUGGUGUAAACGCAGCUUUAGACUUCAGCACUGAAAUAACGUGAUCAAAAGAUAAAGCUGGCGUUAUUUUAUCAUUUCAUUACCCUCUACUAAUCUCAUUGAUAGACCAAAAACAAUGAUGACUUUAUCCUGCUAACAAGUACUGUCUUGGUAACUACAAAAUUUCAAAGCAUGUCAGAGAAAUGUCAUCUAUGAUGACGCACAAGUUGCGAGGACUAUACUGAGCUCUCUUCAUAUCAUAAUGUAGGAUGGAGGAAUGUGUAAAAAUCAUUUGUGUUUUGCGGCAUGGAGUCAUGAGAUGUAAGCUAGACAACAAAGACAGCGUGUCUAUUAUGAUUUAGAACUUGAAUAGGGACUGUACAGAAGAAAGUGGAAAUCCCCUCAAUAUAAACAAAUAAAGCAGCUUAUUUUUAAGUUUUGGUCUGGGUUUUGGCCUUACUACUUAGCUAAAGACACUGUCAAUUCUAAUGAUUGCAUAAAUCAUCAAUAUGAAGUAAAAUAGCUUUUUAUUUCCUCCCAUAAAUCCUAAAUAAAGAGAGAUAAACUAGAUCCCAGUAGAUUCUCAUAAACUGUACUGCAGUUAGUUUUUCCAUUAGCCUACCCUAUAAAGCUGAGACUGUUCCUGAGCUUUAUGCUUAAGAACAGAAGCUCUGGAGUCAUUACUGUUUGAUACUGCUUGAAAAGUAAAAGAGGACAAACAGCAAGAAGCUUAUAGAUGUACUGCUGUACCUUACUGCUUUAACACAAGCUCUGUCAAGUACUGUUAGCAGAAACAAUGUAUGGAUACAUGUUAGAUUUGUUAUGUAUAUUUAUAUUAUAUGCAGUGUUUUAAAAUACAAAUAAAAGGUUGAUUAUGA